GACGGGCUGGAGGCCGGCGGCGGGGACGGUCAGGGGCCGGGCUCCUCACCAGGUGCCGCGGGGGCCGCCCCGCAGCCUCGCCGCAGCGCGCGCCCCCGGGGCCGCCGGUUCCAGACGCUUCCGCGGCGCCAGGCUACAAGCGAGACGCCCAGGAGACCGGACCCCAUGGCUUCCUGGAGCAGCCCCUGGUGGCUGCUGAUAUGGAUGGUCUUUAUGCACUCUGCCCUCUUGCAGACCAUGGCAGAGAAGUCUCCUGGAGCCUACUUCCUCCCUGAGUUCGCACUCUCCCCGCAGGGAAGCUUUCUGGAAGAUACCACAGGGGAGCAGUUCCUCACUUACCGCUAUGAUGACCAGACCUCGAAGAACACUCAUUCAGAUGAAGACAAAGACGGCAACUGGGACGCCUGGGGAGAUUGGAGUGAUUGUUCUCGGACCUGCGGGGGCGGAGCGUCCUACUCUCUGCGGAGGUGUUUGUCCGGAAGGAAUUGUGAAGGGCAGAAUAUUCGAUAUAAAACGUGCAGCAAUCAUGACUGCCCUCCCGAUGCAGAGGACUUCAGAGCCCAGCAGUGCUCGGCCUACAACGAUGUCCAGUAUCAGGGGCGUUACUACGAGUGGCUGCCACGAUACAAUGACCCCACUGCCCCCUGCGCACUCAAGUGUCACGCACGGGGACAAAACCUGGUCGUGGAGCUCGCACCCAAGGUCCUGGAUGGAACUCGUUGCAACACUGACUCCCUGGACAUGUGUAUCAGUGGCAUUUGUCAGGUGGUGGGCUGUGACCGGUACCUGGGCAGCCGCGCCAAGGAGGACAACUGUGGCGUCUGUGCUGGCGACGGCUCCACCUGCAGGCUUGUGCGGGGACAAUCGAAGUCACACGUUUCUCCUGAAAAAAGAGAAGAAAAUGUCAUCGCUGUUCCUUUGGGAAGUCGAAGUGUGAGAAUUACAGUGAAAGGACCUGCACAUCUCUUUAUUGAAUCGAAAACACUCCAAGGAAACAAAGGAGAACACAGCUUUAACAGCGCUGGAGUCUUUGUGGUAGAAAACACAACAGUUGAAUUUCAGAGAGGCUCAGAGAGGCAAACCUUUAAGAUCCCAGGACCUCUGAUGGCUGAUUUCAUCUUCAAGACCAGGUACACGGCAGCCAAGGACAGCAUGGUCCAGUUCUUUUUCUACCAGCCCAUCAGUCAUCAGUGGAGAAAAACCGACUUCUUCCCUUGCACUGUGACGUGUGGAGGAGGCUAUCAGCUCAAUUCGGCCGAAUGCAUGGAUAUCCGCUUGAAGAGGGUGGUUCCCGACCAUUACUGCCAUUACUACCCGGAAAACGUGAAGCCCAAACCCAAGCUGAAAGAGUGCAGCAUGGACCCUUGCCCGUCCAGUGAUGGAUUUAAAGAGAUCAUGCCCUAUGACCACUUCCAACCUCUCCCUCGCUGGGAACAUAAUCCUUGGACGGCGUGUUCGGUGUCCUGUGGAGGUGGGAUUCAGAGGCGGAGCUUCGUGUGUGUUGAGGAAUCCAUGCAUGGGGAAAUCCUGCAGGUGGAAGAGUGGAAGUGCAUGUACGCGCCCAAACCCAAGGUCAUGCAGGCCUGCAACCUCUUUGAUUGCCCCAAGUGGAUCGCCAUGGACUGGUCUCAGUGUACCGUGACGUGUGGCCGAGGGCUGCGUUACCGCGUGGUGCUGUGUAUCAACCAUCGUGGGCAGCACGUUGGCGGCUGCAAUCCUCAACUGAAGCUACACAUCAAAGAAGAGUGUAUCAUUCCCACUCCGUGUUAUAAACCCAAAGAAAAAAGCCCAGUGGAAGCUAAAUUACCUUGGUUGAAGCAAGCACAAGAGCUAGAAGAGACCAGAAUAGCAACAGAAGAACCGACGUUCAUUCCGGAGCCCUGGUCAGCCUGCAGUGCCACGUGUGGGCCCGGCAUUCAGGUCCGAGAGGUCAAGUGCCGUGUGCUCCUCACCUUCACUCAGACAGAGACGGAGCUGCCCGAGGAGGAGUGUGAAGGCCCCGCGCUGCCCACCGAGCGGCCUUGCGUCCUCCAGGCCUGUGCCGAGAGCCCCGCCUCCCUGGAGCUGGAGGCCCCCCUGUACGAGAAGGACAAUGAGAUGACCUACGACUGGGAGUACGCGGGGUUCACCCCCUGCACGGCGACGUGUUUGGGAGGCCAUCAAGAAGCCAUAGCAGUGUGCUUACACAUCCAGACCCAGCAGACAGUCAAUGACACGCUGUGUGACGUGACCCACCGCCCUCCAGCCAUGAGCCAGGCUUGUAACACGGAACCCUGUCCACCCAGGUGGCACACGGGCUCUUGGGGGCCGUGCUCAGCUACCUGUGGUGUUGGAAUCCAGACCCGAGAUGUACACUGCCUGCACCCCGGGGAGUCGCCCGCCCCUGCGGAGGAAUGCAGAGAUGAAAAGCCACAUGCCUUACAAGCCUGCAAUCAGUUCGACUGCCCUCCUAGCUGGCACAUUGAAGAAUGGCAACAGUGUUCCAGGACGUGUGGUGGGGGUACUCAGAAUCGGAGAGUCACCUGUCGGCAGCUGUUAACAGAUGGGAGUUUUCUGAAUCUCUCAGAUGAAUUGUGCCAAGGACCCAAGGCGUCUUCUCAUAAAUCCUGUGCCAGAACAGACUGCCCUCCACACUUAACCGUGGGAGACUGGUCGAAGUGCUCUGUCAGCUGUGGUGUUGGAACCCAGCGAAGAAAGCAGGUGUGUCAAAGGCUGACAGCCAAAGGCCGGCGGGUCCCCCUCAGCGAGACCAUGUGCAGGGAUCUUCGGGGCCCCCCUCUUGUGAGAGUGUGCCGGAUGCCUGAAUGCAGCAAAAUGAAGCCAGAGGUGAAGCCAAAACCUGGUGAGCAGGGCCCUCAGAUCCUGGGCGCUCAGAGUGUCUACAUUCAGACGAGGGAGGAAAAGCGUAUUAACCUGACCAUCGGCAGCCGGGCCUAUUUACUGCCCAACACAUCCGUGAUUAUUAAAUGCCCCGUGCGACGAUUCCAGAAAUCCCUGAUCCGAUGGGAGAAGGACGGCCACUGUCUUCAGAACUCCAAACGACUGGGCAUCACCAAAUCGGGCUCACUGAAGAUCCACAGCCUCGCAGCCCCUGACAGCGGUGAGUACCGGUGCGUCGCAGGCUCUGCCCAGGAAACCAUCGUUCUCAAGCUGAUUGGAACUGACAACCGGCUCAUCGCGCCCCCAGCCCUAGGUGAGCGCUCCGGGGAACAUGCUGGGAUGGACCCCAAGGACGCCGACACUGUGGGAGCCACAUGGCAUAAAAUGAGGCAGAUGUGGACAAACAAAAAUGAGCUUUACCUGGACGACGGCCAAAUUAAUAACCAGCCUUUCCUGAGAGCCCUGUUGGGCCACUGCCGCAGUUCUGCAGGAAACCCCAGCUCCUGGGAGUUUAAGAACAAGCAGUUCGAAGCAGCAGUUAAGCAGGGAGCAUAUAGCAUGGACACAGCCCAGUUCGAUGAACUGAUAAGAAAUAUGAGUCAGCUCAUGGAGACCAGAGAGGUCAGCGAUGACCUCGCAUCCCAGAUGAUAUAUCAGCUGGUGGCCGGGUUAGCCAGGGCGCAGCCAGGACCCACGCAAUGGAGGGACAUCCAGGAGGAAGAGCCUCCUGCGGCUCAGCUGAGAGGGGAGACAGGAAGUGUGCCCCAAGGCUCGAAUGUGAAAAACUCAGGCAAGCUGACAUUCAAGCCCAAGGGACCAACUCUCGUGAGGCAGAGCCAACCCACCUCAGUUUCGUUUAAUAAAACAGUAAAUUCAAGGAUUGGCAACACGGUGUACAUUACAAAGAGGACCGCGGUCAUCAACAUCCUGUGUGAGCUGACCACCCCCAGUGAGGCCACGUACACGUGGACCAAGGACGGAGCAGCGUUACAACCCUCAGAUAAAAUACUGUGGUCCGGAACGGGGAAGUUACAGAUCCGGAACCCUACAAAGAAGGAACAAGGGCUGUAUGAGUGCUCUGUGGCCACUCGUCUUGGUUCCGAUGUGGAAAGUUCCUCUGUGCUGUAUGCAGAGGCGCCCGUCAUCUUGUCCAUGGGAAGACACAUCACCAGACCAGAGCACAGCCAUCUGUCUGUCGUGGUUGGCGGCACCGUGGAGGCAGCCCUGCGAGCAAACGUGACCAUCCGGUGUCCUGUAAAAGGUGUCCCUCAGCCUACUGUCACUUGGGUGAAGAGAGGAGGACCUCUGAGUGACAAUAUUUCCUUGCUUUUCAAUGGAUCCCUGUUGUUGCAGAGCGUUUCCCUUGCAAACAAAGGAACCUAUGUCUGCACAGCCACCAAUGCCCUUGGAAAGGCAACGGCAGCCACCACGCUGCACGUGCUGGAACAAAGAUGGUCGGAUACUAAAACUGUAUUUCCCAAGGACCAUAAAAAGCAUAUGCGCCAGGCAUCCAACGCUGGAACCAACAGCAGUGACCUGACAGGAAAAGCCCUGCUGCCAGAGCAUUUUUGGAACCUUGGUAACUGGACGCACUGCUCUGCCACCUGUGGCCCCCUGGGAGCCCGAGUUCAGAGACCCCAGUGUGUGCUGGCCAGUGGGCAGGAAGUGAGCGAGGCCCUCUGUGGUCACCUCGAGAAGCCGCCGGCUGGGUUCCAGCCCUGUCACAUCCGGGACUGCCCCUCGAGGUGGUUCACGGGCGCGUGGUCAGAGUGCUCGGCGUCCUGCGGCGAAGGGUUCCACAGUCGGCAGGUGACAUGCAAGCGCACAAAAGCCAGCGGCGUGGCACAGGUGCUGCCUCCAGCAGCCUGCGCCCCCCAAAACAGGCCUCUGGGAAGAAGACCUUGUUCCAGCCGUCCGUGUGCUCCGUGGGUCGUUGAACCAGGGGGCCAGUGUCCUGCACGUUGCCUGGGUCGCGCCCUGAAGAUACAGCAGCCCCGUGUCAUUUGUCACCAGCACAACAGCUCCGACGCCAGCUGCGAUGACAGAAGGAGAGCCACCUUCAGGAGGAACUGCUCGGCAGGGGCCUGUGACGUGUGCUGGCGCACGGGCCCGUGGAGGCCCUGCACUGCGGCCUGUGGCAGGGGCUUCCAGGCCCGGAAGGUGGACUGUGUCCACACAAGGAGCUGCACACCGGUGGCCGAGAGACACUGCGUGCAGAGAAAGAAACCGUCCUCCUGGCGGCACUGUGUGGGGCCUUCCUGUGACAGUACGUACCCCUCCCAGACCUCUACAAACAAAGGUGCUGCCAGGCGUGUCAAGAAGGAUAAACCUUUGGAGGGGUCAUCAUGCUGCUGUGAAGACAAAACGAAAAUGUAAAAAAAGCUCCUUUCCCCAACCCAGCUGGUCCAAAACCACGUCCUUCUUCACACACGCUCGGCUCUGCGGCCACACAGAGGUCGAUGCAAAAUCUCCACUGUUACAGAUCCUGUACUGUCAUUUUCCCACCGACGGUUUUUAAUGCCACCUCUUUGAAAUGAUGUGUUCCAGGACUGACAAAAGCACCGUAGCAGGCAUGCCAUGGCUCUUGGGACCUCACCAUGUCCUUAUCAUCAGGGCGUCACCAAGACCCCCAGUGCGUUGUCACGUGCUGCCGCUUCCUGUGAUAUAGAUUAGUAUAGAGCAGGGCACCCUGAAGACGUGGGAAGCACAGCACCUGGUGGUGUCCUCUUCGGUCCAGUUUUAGGGUUUCUACCGGUUUAUGAGGCAUUUACGUUUUUAGAAGCUCUGGCCAGUAGCUGUUAAUAUGUUCAGGCUGUCAGCAGGUUUAUGGAUCCUUAAGUUUCGUCUGUGAAAAAGAGACGGUUGCUCUGGACAGGCUUGUAACACCAAGUGGCCCAAGAACCCUGGGGGUGGGGCAUCUGGUUCUUGCCCUUAGAGAACCCAGGGAUGAAAACGCAGAGUAAAUGUCACUGCCAUUUUCACAACUAUGGAAAUCAAUCUGUGACCAAAUGAGGCAUCUGGGAAAUCAAAGGAGAGGGAACGUUAACCUUUUCUACUGAUUUUGAAGUAUAGCCAACACUUUCAGAGCUGUGAAUGAAACUUUUUCUAAGCACUAUUUCCUUGUACGCAAACAGCCAAAUCAAAGCCUUAUUAGACCUAACUUAUUCAUAAAAUUGUAUCCCCGGGGAUGUUUUAUUUUGGGAAAAAUUAUAAGAACGUCAUCUAAAUAGGAAACAUGAUCGCUGGAAAGAAUUGUUUAUAGUAAAUAACUGUUUUAAUUUGAACUGGUUUUUUUCAGUGAAUCCAAAGUAAGUUAGGGUUAGGCUGGAAGUUGCAGAUGGGACAAGGUAAGGAUUAGGUGAUUACAUGGCAGGCUAGAUUUAGUUGUCGGAUUGGGUUAGGUGAGCAUGGAGGUUAAGUUAGGGCUCAGGCUGGAGCUGGCUUUGGGAGUUAGGAUUAGGGCCAGGUUAGGUCACAGUUGGAUUGGGUUUAGACUGGAGCCAAUGCUGGUGACAGUGACAGUGGCAGGAUGGAGGUGACGUUUGGAGUCAAUGCCGCUGCUGAAGCAGCUUGGGGCUAGGAUGACAUUGUACGUUCUAAUGCUGAUUUGGCGCUUUCUCUUAACGUUCUACCGGUUACAGCUUUAGAGUUCACACCACCCGAAAUAAGCGGUCCUCCCUCUUCACUCAGUGUCUCAGUGACCUGUACCCAGGCUGCUUACCGCCUGUCGGCAACACAGUUACCUGAAGCCGGUGGAGCUGGACCUCGUCCCCGGCCACUCCUGAGGGAACAGUGUGUGUGGCUUUGGGUGUGUCUGUGGACGAGCGUGCUGAGCCUCUCCACCGUGUGCUGAGCGCCGGGCGUCCUGCGUGACCUCAGCCUUACUGACACUGGGACAAGCGCUACUGUAAGAGGAGGGGUGGCUGGGAGCAGACGGGGGAGGACACACCAGCCCAUGAGUUCCUGGUUGUCCGUUCUCACCUGAUGGCUGGAGGCUUCUAAAUGAAAGGAAAGGUCACUUGUAAAAUACUCUUUGUACAUACUUAACAAGACUUAAAGGUGCAAUAUUUUAUUUUGUACAGUGUGUAAUAAAGACAUGGGGCAUAUAUUUUUUUCUUAUUAACAAAAUUUCUUAUUAAAUCGAUCCACCCUUGUAUAUUUAAAGUGGCUAUUUUUCAUUGGCUAGUCAAACGACAUUCCUGUGUACUGUAUGUUACUACUGUUUCUAUAACGUAAGAGGGGGGUUUCUCCUUCAUGACCCUGAAGGAAUUCAGAAAUAAAUGUACUUUAAUUAUUCA